AUGAACCGCCACGAAGCAGGUCAGAGCCGUGAGGCUCUCCUGCAGUCCGACGGACAUGGCAAUAGAAUACCACCAACAAAGCCCCUCGAUGAUGCCUACCAUUCAGAAAGCGAUUCGGACCUCGAUGCCACUGAAAUCUUCGAUAAAGAUUCUCUCAAUGAACCACCCCUCGAGUUCGCAUCCUCUGCCUACGCACCCAGCUUGCAGCUUGCGCGAAUUCGGAAGACGUUUGUCCGCCGCUCGAAAUGCUUCCUGAUUGUAAUGGCUGUGUUGCUUGUGUUCUGGUCGGUGCUGGCUGCUGGAGGCUUCUGGCUCUACAAGAAGACGCCUCUGGAUGGACAGUCUCCACCCUGGUAUCCUACGCCUCCAGGGGGAACUGUAUCGCAAUGGGCCGAGAGCUACAGAAAGGCAGAAGCGUUGGUCAGCAAGAUGACUUUGCCUGAGAAGGUCAACAUCACCACAGGUACGGGCUGGUCGAUGGGAUUGGCCGUAGGAAAUACUGGCCCUGCAAGCCACGUUGGCUUCCCAGGUUUGGCUCUACAAGACGGUCCUCUGGGAUUGAGGUUCGCGGACAACGCUACCGCAUUUCCAGCCGGGAUCACAGUUGGCGCAACAUUCAACAAGGAGCUGAUGUACUUACGAGGCAAAGCACAUGGAGAAGAAGCACGUUUGAAGGGCGUCAACGUACUGCUGGGACCGUGUGUUGGACCUCUCGGCAGAAUGCCUGCUGGUGGCCGAAAUUGGGAAGGCUUCGGAGCAGACCCCGUUCUCCAAGGAAUUGCUGCCGCUGAGACGAUCCGGGGCAUCCAAGAAGAGGGCGUCAUGGCUACAAUCAAGCACUUUGUCGGCAACGAGCAGGAACAUUUCCGACAAUCAUGGGAGUGGGGUCUUCCGAAUGCCAUGUCUUCCAAUAUGGAUGACCGAACACUCCAUGAGAUGUAUGGAUGGCCAUUCCAAGAUGCGAUCAAGGCUGGCGUUGCCAGUGUUAUGUGCAGCUACCAGAUGCUCAACAAUUCGUACUCAUGCGGUAAUUCGAAACUGCUGAACGGAAUCCUCAAGGACGAGCUAGGUUUCCAGGGGUUUGUUCAAAGCGAUUGGCUCGCACAAAGAAGUGGCGUGGCAAGCGCUCUUGCUGGAUUGGACAUGUCUAUGCCAGGAGAUGGUUUGAGAUGGGGUCAAGGAAACUCACUCUGGGGCCCAGAACUCAGCAAGUCUAUUUUGAAUGGGUCUCUACCAGUAUCCAGACUGAACGACAUGGUAACACGUGUUGUUGCUUCCUGGUACCAGCUAGGUCAGGAUGACAAGAGUAAGUUUGACGGAGAAGGCAUCAACUUCUCAUCAUGGACCAGUGAUCAGAUGGGCCCUAUCAACCCCGGAAGUGCGGACGACAAAGACCUGAAACUCGUAAACAAAUACGUCAACGUUCAAGGAAAUCACUCCAUCAUCGCCCGGAAAGUCGCAACAGAAGGCACAGUCCUUGUCAAGAACGAAGGCCACAUUCUUCCUCUCAGUAAAGACGGAUGGCCCACUGAAGAGCAUGGCAUGAAAAUGCGCAUUGGUAUUUUUGGUGACGAUUCUGGUUCUGGGAAGGGUCCCAACGCAUGUGUUGAUCGUGGUUGUAACUCCGGCACUCUAGGUUCCGGAUGGGGAUCUGGGGCUGUAGAUUUCCCAUAUCUCAUCACUCCAGCAUCUGCAUUGAAGGAGGCCUUCAACAAGGAUCGAGUCUACGUUACCGACUUCCCGACAAACAGCCCUCCUCUCAAAAUAUCCCCUGAGAUAUUGACGAAUCAAGAUUUCUGCAUCGUUUUCGCUAAUGCGGAUUCGGGCGAAGGUUACAUGUCGCGUGAAGGAAUUAAUGGCGAUAGAAACGACCUCUUCCUCCAUAAAAGCGGCGAUGAACUAGUUACGUCUGUAGCCGACGGCUGUGGCGGCGGAAAGGGACUCACGAUUGUAGUCAUCCACUCUGUCGGCCCUGUCGUCGUCGAGCAAUGGAUCCACCAUCCACGAAUCAGAGGUCUCAUCAUGGCGAAUCUCCCAGGUCAAGAGAGCGGAAAUGCCAUUGCAGACAUCAUCACUGGUGUCGAAAAUCCAAGUGGAAAACUGCCGUACACCGUUGGCAAGUCUCUGGACGAUUACGGCCCUGGAGCCAAAAUUCUGUAUUAUGCCAAUGGCGUUAUCCCACAGCAGAAUUUCGAUGAGGGCCUCUACAUCGAUUAUCGUCAUUUUGACAAAUUCGGCGUGGAGCCAACUUUCCCAUUUGGAUUUGGCCUCUCCUACACGACAUUUACCUACUCCAACCUGGUAGUCACUAAGGUCCGCGAGAAAUCACUUCUCCCCUCCCCCCGACCAUCUGGAAUCACCCCUCCGAAAUUUGACGACACAAUCCCCGAUCCCUCGCAAGCCCUCUUCCCUAGCAACUUCCGCAAGCUCUCCAAGUUUGUCUACCCAUACAUCACCGCCCUCUCCGAAAUCAAGCAAGGCAAAUACCCCUAUCCGGACGGCUACGAUGUCACCCAAACCCCUUCUCAAGCUGGCGGCGACGAAGGCGGGAACCCCGACUUGUGGAAAGUAUACGCCAAUGUCUCCGUAGACAUCACCAACACGGGCCCUGUGGCCGGCAAGGAGGUCGUGCAGGUGUACAUAUCUUUCGACGACGUACUCCUCGGGGAAGGCGUCACAGUGGACUUCCCGGUCAAGGUGUUGAGGCAGUUUGAGAAGAUACACUUGGAGACGAAUCAGACAAAGACUGUGGAGUUCGGGCUUACGAGACGAGAUAUGAGUUUCUGGGAUGAGGUGCGGCAGAAUUGGGUCAUGCCUACCAAGGGCAAUAUUACGAUCCGCGUCGGUUCGAGCUCAAGGGACUUGAGGCUUACUGGAUUUUAUUAG